AUGUUGGGCCGGGAAGGUGGCAAGAAGCAGCCCCUGAAACAACCCAAGAAGCAGACGGAGGAAAUGGACGAGGAAGAGGAGGCUUUUGAGCAGAAACAGGAAGAAGUGCAGGAGAAACUCCAGGAGCUGAAAGCAAAGGCCAAGGGGAAGACGCCCCUGGCCACAGGUGGAAUGAAGAAAUCGGGCAAAAAGUCAGCUGUUCUUGGUGACGGACGGACGCCAUGA